GAGUCGGGACGGCGAGGGGGCCAGCGGCGAAGCAGCGAGAGGUGGACUGGCAGUCGGGCGGCGCCGGCGGAUCGAGACGACGAGGCGCUCGCUGCAGGCCAGCCGCGAAGCAGCGAGUGGUGCUGAGGUGACCUGGGACUCGAGCGGCGCCGGCGAGUCGAGACGAUGAGCUGCUCGCUGCAGGCCAGCGGCGAAGUAGCGUGGGGUGAACUGGGACUCGAGCGGCGCUGGGGGGAGCGGGCCUGACCUGAACAGGUCGAGCUGACGACGGCUCCCUGGUGCGGGGUAGGGAGUCGGCGGCGGAGCAGAGGACUGGAACAUCUUGGGUCACUGGUCAGGUCAGGGCUUCUGCACAGGUAUGAGAGGGACCUACGAUCCACUGCUCGGGGCGCAGGUUGUGCAAAGAGCUGCUGCGCAAGGAAGUGUUCUCCAUCAGCUAUCUUCGAUUUGGCAAGGGAUCGAACCUUUCGUCUUCCUUGGAGCAGCUGUUGGUUUGGGUUGGGCAGCAUGGACGUACUACGAUCGUAAGGCGGCUAUGCGCACCUACGGACGCCACAUCACCGGCAAGGGAGUCGGACUGGUUGUUGGCCGUGAUGAUGAGAUCGACCGCGUUAUUUCCAUCCUCUGCCGCAAGACCAAGAACUGCGCCGCGCUAGUUGGCCACGCGGGGGUUGGCAAGUCUGCCAUCGCUGAGGGCCUCGCGCAGCGCAUCGCCACCGGUAAGGUACCUGCUGCACUUGCUGGGGCACGUGUUGUGGAGAUCGACCUCGGGGCCAUGGUUGCCGGGACCGUUUUGCGCGGUAUGUUUGAAGAGCGAAUGAAGAGCGUCAUAAAGCAGGCAGAGAAUGUAGGCGGCAAGAUAAUUCUCUUCAUUGAUGAGAUGCAUGUGCUUCCUCGUGCUGGUGAUAGCCACGGAAAUACAGACGCUUCCAGCUUGCUGAAGCCGGCUUUGGCCCGUGGUCGUAUCCGCUGUGUAGGUGCGACGACUUUUGAUGGUUACCGCAAUUGCAUUGAGAAGGAUCCUGCACUUGAGCGGAGAUUCCAGAAGGUGCACAUCGAGGAGCCAAGCAUGCAGGUGACAAUUGGCAUACUGCAGGGGCUAAAGCAGCAGUACGAACAGCAUCAUGGCUUGGAAAUCCAAGAUUCUGCUCUUGUUGCUGCUGCCCAGCUUGCUGCCCGCUACAUCACCGGUCGUCAAUUUCCGGAUAAGGCUAUUGAUCUGAUUGAUGAGGCGUGCACUGCCAAAAUAAAAAGGGCGAUCUCUGAAAAUUCAUUGAAGGGAGCAGCUGUUGAACCAAAUGAUGUCGCACAAGUUGUGAGCCAAUGGACUGGAAUUCCUGUAUGUGCACUUGAGCAAGAGGAAACGGAUAAGUUAAUCCACCUAGCGGACAGGCUUCAUGAGCGAGUUGUUGGCCAGGAUGAAGCGGUAAAUGUGGUUGCUGAAGCAGUGGUAUGUUCUAUGACUGGCCUUGAUCAUCCGGGCCAACCCAUAGGAUCUUUCCUCUUCUUGGGCUCAACUGGUGUUGGAAAGACAGAGCUUGCAAAAGCUCUCGCUGAACAGCUAUUUGCGAGUGAGAAGAUGUUGGUUCGCUUUGACAUGUCUGAAUAUGUUGGCAGUGGAUCUAUUUUGCGACUCAUUGGAGCACCCCCAAGCCAUGAUGGCUAUGAUGACGGCGGGCAACUGACUGAGAAAGUUAGGAAUCGCCCAUACAGUGUGAUCCUUUUCGAUGAGGUAGAGAAGGCAGAUCCCUCGGUGUUGAACAUUUUUAUUCAACUUCUUGAUGAUGGUGUGUUGACCGAUGGCAAAGGACGGACGGUAGAUUUCAAGAAUACCAUCAUCAUUAUGACCUCAAAUAUAGGAGCAGAGCACCUCAUGGCAGGAAUGGCUGGAGAAAUCACAAUGGAUGCUGCACGUGACCUUUUGAUGAAACAGGUUCAGAAACACUUCAAGCCUGAGUUCCUGAACAGGCUGAGUGAGAUUGUGGUAUUUGAGCCCCUUUUGCAUGACAACCUGAAGGAGAUUGUGAAAAUCCAAAUGAAGAGUGUGAUUGCGAGGGUGGCUGACAAGGGCAUCUCUCUUUUCGCAAGUGAUGCCGCAUUGGACGUCAUUUUAUCGGAAUCAUACAACCCAAUGUAUGGUGCGAGGCCCAUAAGGAGAUGGUUGGAGAAGAAUGUGGUGACUAAGCUGUCCCUGAUGCUGAUGAAAGGUGAAGCCAGUGAAGGCUCGACGAUCUCCAUCGAUGCCACAGACGACAAGAAGAAGCUCAAGUAUGAAGUAGUAGCGAAGAAGGUCGAACUUCCCGGUGAGUGUGACACUGACAGCGGUCGUAUGGCGGCUGUGGUCAGUCCCAUGAAAAGAAUUGUGUCUCUGUUAGCGACCCUGACAGUAAAGCAUCCUCACGAGCCUGCGUUCAAGCCCUUGUAACGGGAGUCGGGAAUGUGUGAUGGGUAAGUCCAUGUAGUAAUAUGCUCGCCGGCGCCAAUCACCUCGACCUCGACGUGCAGCGGCGCCCAGAGCGCGGCCAAGGAAACGCCACAUACAAAGGUGAUGUGUUGGCGCCGUUGUAGAGGGGGGAAACUGUGGGACGAAAUGAUCCUCCUAGCCAUCGCACAAAUAAACGGUAUAGAUCUUAUUGCAAGCUCUGGGUGCUACUCCAUCACCAACGUAAACCUUCAAAUUUUAGACAAAUCAAAAUAGAAUUGUAGAGCUUAGGGAAAAUAUUUCCAGCCUAGUUGUACCUUUAUAAAAUACAUUUUCAUAUGCUUAAAAUGGCGUUUAUUUGUUCCCCAAAAUACUUUUAGGGUUUUUAAUAAUUCCCAUAAAUAUUUUUCUAUGUCCCAAAAUGCAUAAAAAAUAGUACUGAAAUAAUUUCCAGCUCAAUAUGGUGAAGAAAGUCAUAUUAUCUUCUCAUUUUUGGAAAUUGCUGCAAGUAAAACUAAAUCCAGUUAUGAGUAUAAAUGAUAUUUAAAUACUCCCUCCGUUUGGAAUUAAUUAUCGCCCAAACGGAUGUAUGUAGCACGGAGGGAGUAUUUCCAGCUUAUUAAUUGGAUUAGUCAUAUCUCUCCCCUAACUUUAAUGAAUAUAUAAAGUUGGUAAACAUCAAAAGGCUCAAAAGAAAAUCAUCCAAGUCGACAAAAAUAUUUUUCUUUGAUUUUUGGAACCCAUUUAUUCCCUCCCUUUUGGGGAAAUGCUUUCAUGGCUCAAAACAAAAGUUAAAUUUAGUGAAAUCCUCUUACCUAGGAUAUGAAUUGCAGAAGAGUGAGCCGACACGGUCAAUCAGGCAAUCACCCAGCCGUUAGCAUCCCGUCGUUUUGCCACUGUCGAUGGCCAGCCUAAAACUGCAUUGUCUGCAUCCAAUCUAUUGGUAGUAAGAAGUACGUAUGAUCUUUCGGCCAAUGGUGUGCUUUUUCAGAA